UCUGUCGAGCACAGAAUAAUGAACAUAUCGAGUAACCCAUGCCCAACCCAUUACCCAUUUAACUGACUUUCUGUGUUCUGUGGAACCUACCAUUGAUGGUUGAUGACAACGGUAUCUAACAACAAACCCAUUCAAUAACACUCGAGAAAUAGUUGGGUGGAAUGAUUCAUGGUUGAUUGUUAUUUUUCUAAUUAAUGUUCAAGAACGUUUGAUAUUUAUGUGAUAAAAUGAUUUCAUUUAACAAUAUGAAAACUUUGUGUUUUUUAAUAAUUUGUGGUGCUCUGUUUACAUUAUCUGCAGCUAUUGAUUGCUAUCAGUGUAGUGGAAGCGAUCCAGAAAGACCGUUUCAAUGCAAUGAAUGGUUAACAGAUGAUGUAGAUUUAAAACCAGAAUCUUGUGAUUCCGUUUAUGAUGCUAAAUACUGUAUUAAACAUAUUGGACGUUUUGAAGCUUCCGCAAUACUUUGCUAUCAGUGUACAGCAGCCGAUUCCAUUGAUUGCUCUGAUGGAAUGAUUCGUAUGGGUGGUAUAGAGCCCCAGAGUUGCGAUAAUGUCUUUGAGGCUCAAUACUGUGUCAAAUCUACGAGUUUACACAGAGGUAUAGGUGCAAAACGCUUCUGUUCUUCAUUGGAUUUGGGCAACUAUUGCAACUAUGUUUCACAACCUGGUGAUCUUUUAAAUUACAGAACUUGUAUCUACACCUGUAAAGGAGACGGAUGUAAUCCUGCCACAAGGCCUCAAUCUCAGUUUUUCAUUAUUUUAGGAGCAAUAGCUUUAACAACAUAUCAAAUUCUCAAGAGUUAAGAAUCUUCAUUU